CCUCAGUUUCCUUUUUUUCCCUUUCCUUUCCACUUGUUUGCAGAGUUGGAGAUAAAACGCAGCGCAGCCAUUGUCCGAAGCCAGAGCCUGGACCCACGGGACCGUCUCUGCUUUUUUGGGGGAGAAAGCUGAAGGGAGCUGUGUACAAUAGGCAGCUCCGUUCUGCACUGUCUAUGGGCAGCAAGUCUUUUGUGUUCCACCUGCUGCCUUAUCGUGCGUCUCCAGCUUUAACCUCUUCGUCCAGCGCAGGUGUGUGCACAGCUGGGAGAAGGAGCGAGCGGUGUUUGGAAAGAGUCCCUUUUCUGCGUGGAUACAUAAAGUCACCAGCAUCUCUUUGAGGCAUGACCGACACCAUGUUUGGCUGUGGGAAUAGUCAGUGGGUUUGCCCAAAUGACCGACAGCUAGCCCUGAGAGCCAAGCUGCACACUGGCUGGUCAGUACAUACGUUCCAGUCAGAGAAGCAGAGGAAGGCCCAGGCGCUGGACAAGCGGGAGCUGGACAUCAUUCUGAAUGUCAUCCGCAGAGCCGAACAGCUUGAGCUGAUUGAGCAGCACAGGAUCGGGAGACUAAUUGAGCGUUUGGAGAACAUGAGGAGGUCGGCGGUGGGGAAUGGGCUGUCUCAGUGUUUGCUGUGUGGGGAGUCUCUGGGUCUGCUGGGAACUCCUUCAGUCCUCUGCCUCGAUUGCUGUAAGAAAGUGUGCACCAAGUGUGGGAUCGAGGCGGCAUGCAGUCAAAAGAAAGCUCAGUGGUUGUGCAAGAUCUGCAGUGAACAGAGAGAGUGAACUGUGCGCUGUAGCUUAUGCUUGGUGGACGAAGAUGCAGAGACGAACCAGACAGAGAUGGAAGAUGUGAUGAUGGAUUCUGUUAUGGCACUGUAGAACUGGACCAGCAGUGCUUGAGGCAGCCCAAAUUUCUUGACCUGUUGCAGGAAAUACAGACGCUGCUGGGCCUUCUUCAUAACUGCUGUGCUGUGUCUUUCUGAAACCAGUGGCCAUCUCCCAAGUAUGGUUUGAAACAAGUCUGACCUGGGUAGGCGUAAGUGUUAAGGCUAUUCAGGUAAUGGCAUCUAUAUUAAAUUAAACCUCGGUCCUGACAAAUCCGCAGUAGAUGGCAUGGCUUAAAAUUGAAUCUUUAAGAUGAACAGAGAAAUUCUAAUCUUCCGUUUUCACCAUAGCUAAUGUUAUUAGACCUGUCGCAUUGUAUUUCACUUUGUGCCUCAUGUUUUUAGCUUAAAAACAGCAAGAUUGUGAAGAGUUAGUUAAUACGAAACAAAAGAAAU